AUGACGAUACACGCCUCGACGCAAGUGCCCUCAGCAGAUUCAGCCAGGGCAGACCUUAGCAAACGAUCAAUUCCUCAUAUGGUGCUCAGUACAGGCGAUGCCAGCUCUCUGACUGCACCUCCCUCCUUCAAUUAUGGAACUGCAUGUGCCNGAAAAAGAUUCAGGGUGAAGGGCAACGCAAUCGUCACUGGUGGCACAGGCACACUUGGGUUCGCAGCUUGUGACGCUCUACUAGAACAUGGUCUGGAUGGACUUGCCAUAUUUGAUGUUAAUACGACUCAAGACUCCGAGCACCUCACGCAAUUGAGAAAGCGUUUUCCGCAGCGCAACCUCGCCUGCUUCCAGGUCGAUGUUACGAACGAAGAAGCUGUCCAGGUAGCGGUUCAUGCUGCUGCAGAACUUCUUGGAUCGAUAGAUCACCUCCUCUGCUUCAGCGGUAUCGUUGGCUGCGUUGAUGCUUUGGACAUGUCCGCUGCCCAUUGGCGUCGUGUUAUAGAUGUCAACACCACGGGCUCUUUCAUUUGCGCUCAAGCUUGUGCUCGACAGAUGAAGGCUCAAGGGUCGGGAGGUUCGAUAGUCUUCACUGCAUCCAUAUCCGCGCACAGAGUCAACUACCCGCAACCACAAGCUGCCUACAAUGUGAGUAAGGCAGCACUCAUAACACUCAAGAACUGUCUCGCCGCCGAGUGGGCUCGUUACGGCAUCAGAACAAAUUCUGUCAGUCCUGGGUAUAUGGAUACAAUCUUGAAUGAGGGACCGGGUAUCGCAGAGGCAAGAAAUAUCUGGGCGCUUAGAAAUCCCACAGGACGUAUGGGCACUCCUGAUGAACUUACAGGUGCGAUUGUCAUGCUGUCCGCUGCGAGUAGCUCGUACAUAAAUGGAACCGAUAUCGUGGUUGAUGGUGGUGCGAUAGUCUUCUGA